CGAAGAGAAUCGCCUGGUCAACGAGGAAAAUCCAUCAGCCAAUCAGGAAGCAGGUUGCCUUUUAAAACUCAGCCGGGAAACGCGGAACCAAAACAAACGGCAUUUUGCUUGUGUAGAAAAGGAAAGACUAAACACAGAGAAACGGUACAAAGAUACAAAAAUGGACACCAUGAUUUACCUGGAUCAGGAGAACGGCAGACUGACCACUCCAGCCAUCAAAUCUCGCCAGAACAGACUGCACUCUGCUCCAGAUCAGUGCUUGAGAACACCUCUGGCAGCAGGAAAGGCACGUCCUGGAGCUCCUCUGCAAUCGGGCCGAAAAGCUUUGGGAGUCAUAAAUAAGGUUGUUGCCACCCAAGCAGCAUCUUAUAAAGCAGAGGAGAAGACUAAACCUGCUGAAGCUAAGUGUAAGGUUCCUGCUCAGCCAGCUAGUGAGGAGUUGCCAGAGAUCGAGAAGUGUUACCCAUACAAUCCAAGCGAGUUUGAGACCUGCGGUGUUCCAGAUGAAGUCUACCUCAGUUGUUUCUCUCUGACUGGUCUGGGAAAACAGAUGUGGCCGAAUGCUUUACCUGUGGAAGAGCUUAUUAUGGACCCAUGUUUGCCACUCUCACCUUUAAAGAUGCCCAGAGCGGUGGAAUGCGUUGAUGAAAUGGAGGCAUUCCUACAGACUAUAAGUGAGCUGACUGUUGACUUGCCCCCGGAGUGUGAACUCUAAAUUUUCAUGUGGAUUGUGAACUUUGUA